UAGCCUUCUAGAAUCAUUUGAUGUUACUUAUAAUUAUUAGUGAGAUUUUAUCAUCUGUCUUCCUCUUCUGUUUCAUUUUUGUCACUCUUGUUUUAUGUGCUGAAUCUUGAUCCAUGAUCUGUACAUCAAGGGUUUUCUCGAAAUAAUUUGUGUUAACUGUAAACAGAGUGUGAAGUUCACAGUCCCAGGCUCCAGCAGUACAGUCACAAGAUGGCUGGACUGUUGGUCAGCAUCUUUAUGUUCCUGAUGGUGUUCUCAUCCCUUUCUUUGGGGAACGCUCAGCAAUGGGGGCGCCAGGCUAACGACCGGGUCCUGUUGAGCGACGUGCAGACUCUGACGCUGCACCAGGGAAAAAUGACGGCCGCACGACGAACCCGUGCUGUUCCGCAGUUGGCCUGUGUCGGUGGUACGGCGGGAUGUAGUGCGUUUGUUCCGCAGACUGUGCAGUGCUACAACCGGGGUUCCGAUGGAAUGGAUGUGCAGUGGGAAUGCAAAACAGAUAUGGAUAAUGACUUCCGAUUUGGACAAAUCGAAGUCGUUUGCGAAGGAUAUGAACAUCCCGAAGAUCCAUACGUUUUGAAAGGCAGUUGUGGGAUGGAGUAUACGCUGGAUCUGACGAAAGAAGGGGUGCAGCAUCGCAAAACACAGGGAUCUCAUCAGUCUUCGUAUUCAUAUGCCAAGUCUCCGACAACUAAAACAACAGAUGGUCUGAGAACACCUUGGUACAUCAGCACUCUCUUCCUCAUCGGCGUGAUAUGGUUUAUCUACAAAAUCUACCGAACCUGUGUGGCUCAGCGGCAGUUCUCCACCACCAACUCGGAUCAUCCGCAAGGCCCCGGCCACAAUCCCUCCUCCGGAGGGGGCUCCAGUUUCGGGUCUUCUUCCCGUCCCUACGGCGCUCCACCGCCUUAUCCCGGCGAUUCGUCAGCCUUUCCGGGCGAGAGCUGUAAUGCCAAUCGCAAUACCGGAACCGCCGGGGCUCGUGGAGGUGGUGGUCCGGGCUUUUGGAGUGGAAUGGGAGCGGGUGCGGGGUUGGGUUAUUUGUUUGGACGCCGGAAUACGGGCGGAAGCUGGUUUGGUGGGGGAUACAAUCGUGCUCCGCCGUACAAUCCCAGCUACGAUUAUGGCAGCAGUUCGACGUCGUACAGUUCAGGAUUCGGAGGCGGCACGAGCUCUACCGGCUCUAGUGGAUCACGGGAAGCCUCGGGAUUCGGUGGAACGCGAAGAAGAUAAUUUACCCUUUUUCUUAUUUAAGUGCAUGUGAAAGUUUUGCUGCAUUUACGCCUUUGACAGCUUGUGAGAAAAUUGUGAUUUUGGUUUACAAUUGUAUUUUAGUGUUUGAAAUUCGUUUUUGCUGGUUUAAAAGAAUCUCACAAGUUGUGUCGUAGUACGCGUUUACUAUUUUAAUUGGGCAUUCUUCGCCACUCGGUUGUUCGUGUUUGCCUCUGACUGGACAAAAAUGCGAAGCAAGA